GGCGAGGUCCCAGUGACUGCCCCUUCUUAUUGCUCCGUUUUCUUGUCCAUUACACGCCAUCCCUCCGCCUCUCCUUCUUUCUUUUCUUUUCUUUUUUCCCCCUUCUCCUUUCCCCCCUUUCUCCCCCUUUCUCCAACUCCGUGUCAUUUCCUCCUCGCACUCGCUCUCCGCGGAGCGUCUCCAGCCGGGAGAGUAGGCGGAGCAGGGUGGUGCGGGGUGGCGCAGCGCUGGAGGGCGCUAGUAGCGGAGCAGCUGGGGGCGGAGGCAACGUAGCCCCUGCGGGAAAGGAGCCCUGCGGCGCCUGAGCCGAGUGGAGGAUGGAGAACCGACCUGGGUCUUUCCAGUACGUCCCUGUGCAGCUACAAGGGGGGGCGCCCUGGGGCUUCACCCUUAAGGGGGGUCUGGAACACUGUGAACCGCUCACAGUGUCGAAGAUUGAAGAUGGGGGCAAGGCAGCCUUGUCCCAGAAGAUGAGGACUGGUGAUGAGCUGGUGAAUAUCAAUGGCACGCCAUUGUAUGGCUCCCGCCAAGAGGCCCUCAUCCUCAUCAAAGGCUCCUUCCGGACCCUCAAGCUGAUUGUCAGGAGGAGAAAUGCCCCUGUCAGUAGGCCGCACUCAUGGCAUGUGGCCAAGCUGCUAGAGGGAUGCCCUGAAGCAGCUACCACCAUGCAUAUCCCUUCUGAAGCCUUCAGCUUGUCCUGGCAUUCUGGCUGUAACACAAGUGACGUGUGUGUGCAGUGGUGUCCACUCUCCCGGCAUUGCAGCACUGAAAAAAGCAGCUCCAUUGGCAGCAUGGAGAGCCUGGAACAACCAGUCCAAGCCACCUAUGAGGGUCACCUCUUGCCCAUUGAUCAGAACAUGUACCCCAACCAGCGUGACUCAGCUUACAGCUCCUUCUCCGCAAGCUCAAAUGCCUCUGACUGUGCCCUUUCCCUCAGGCCAGAGGAUCCAGCCUCUACAGACUGUGUCAUGCAAGGCCCUGGAUUAAGUAAGUCCCCUAAUGGCAGGCUUAAUGUGGUUGAGACUUCAGGAGGUACCCAGCAUACCAACGGGGGCCAUUUGACUCCCAGCUCCCAGAUGUCAUCCCUCCCACAGGAGGUCCACCACUCAGGGCCUACCAAAGCUGCCAAGGGUCCACCACAACCUCCAGUGAGGCGAGAUAGUCUUCAGGCCUCCAGAGGCCAACUCCACAAUGGAGAGCAGCGGAGGGCUUCUGAGCCUAUGUACUCUUUGCAACAGAAGGAGAAACCAAGCUUAGACACUGAGCUGUGCCCAAGGAACCCUAACAGGUUCUGCUGCAUCAGUGGGAAAGACCAAAUGACAAAUCAGAGCCAUCAGAAUUGUAAGCUCAAACAACCUUCUGAAUCUAAUCAGCAGGGCUAUGAGCACCUACUGAUAGAGGCCUCAGCCAAAGCUGUUGGAUUCCAAAAAUCAUACGACAAAGUUUCCAGCAUAGAUUCCAGCCCACUCAACAAGGUUUCAGCAGAGCUAGCUAAGACUUCUUCUUUUGGCAGUCCUUCACACCUCACGGGACCCACAGGUCAUCGCCAUAGUGCCCCCGAACAGCUGCUGGCAUCCCACUUGCAGCAUGUGCACCUCGAUACCAGGGGUAGCAAGGGGAUGGAGCUCCCAACUGGGAAGGAUGGGCAUGAGUGGACUCUGUCCCUUUUGCAUAGCAGCCACACAGGGAAGAAAAGUCCAUGUCCUCCUGCAGGGGGAAACCAGGACCAGCCCAGCAAGGAGAGAAAGACCAGACAAGUAGAUAAUAGGCCUUUGGGUUCAGGGCACCAGAGCCCAAGCAGCUCCCCCCAUGAAGAAACUGAUGGACACCCUCCAGAAAGAGGUUUCCAGGACCCAAGCAGAAUAAGUAGAGCAGGUAAUGAAUUGGCCAGCCAGCAGCCCUCUCCCUCUGGCUCUCUUGUUCAACAAACCAGGGACUGUUCUCCAACCACUAAAGUAGCUGGCACCACAGAGGCAACUGAAGAAGGGAACAAUGAGCCCAAGGAGUGUGGCCAGGUGGGUGGUAGGCGAAAUGGAGGAACUCGGGGCCGCUCAAUCCAAAACCGGCGGAAGAGUGAGCGUUUUGCUACCAACUUGCGUAAUGAAAUUCAGAGGAGGAAGGCUCAGCUCCAUAAAAGCAAGAGUCCCUUAUCACAGCUGUGUGACACUAAGGAGCCAGUGGAAGAGACUGAGGAGCCCCUAGAAAGUCUUCUACUUCCUGCCUCUAACUCACCUCCUCUACCUUCAUAUAAAAAACCACCAAGCCCUAAAGACAAGACCUUUAACAAGAGUAUGAUGCUUAGGGCUAGAUCUUCAGAGUGCCUCAGCAAAGCCCCUGAGAGCCAUGAAUCAAGGACAGGCUUGGAGGGACAAAUAAGCCCUGGCCAGAGGCCUGGCCAGUUCUCUAUGCACCUGAACACCUGGUGGAAAGCAUCUGAUCCAUCUUCAGACUCUGAGAAAACAAAAGUUCACCAUGGAGUCCAUGGAGGUCAUUGGAGAUGGUCUCCAGAGCACAACCGGCAGCCGCAUGUGGCACUAGUCAUGGAAGGCUCUUCCAACCCAGGAGAUAACAAGGAAUUGAAGGCUUCUACUGGCCAAGCUGGGGAGGAAGCCAUCCUAUUGCCCUUUGCAGACAGAAGAAAGUUUUUUGAAGAGAAUAGCAAAUCCUUAUCAACCUCUCAUUUGCCAGGUUUAACCACUCAUAGUAAUAAGACUUUUACCCAGAGACCAAAACCUAUAGACCAGAACUUCCAGCCAAUGAGCUCCAGCUACAGGGAAUUGAGGCACCAUCAUAUGGACCAAUCAUAUCAUUCCACAGACCAACCAUAUCAUGCCACAGACCAAUCAUAUCAUUCCAUUUCACCCCUUCAGUCAGAAACUCCUACUUACUCAGAAUGUUUUGCAAGCAAGGGUCUAGAACAAUCUGUGUGUUGUAAGCCACUGCACUGUGGUGAUUUUGAUUACCACAGGACCUGCUCUUACUCUUGCAGUGUCCAGGGAGCUAUAGUACAUGACCCUUGCAUUUAUUGUUCUGGGGAAAUCUGCCCUGCUUUGCGAAAGAGAAAUAUGAUGCCAAACUGCUACAACUGUCGGUGCCACCACCACCAAUGCAUUCGGUGUUCAGCUUGCUAUCAUAAUCCCCAGCACAGUACCCUCGAGGACAGCAGCUUGGCACUUGGCAAUGCUUGGAAACCCAGAAAGCCAACAGUGCAGGAAUUUCCUGGGGACAAAUGGAAAUUGACAACAGGAAACAGGAAGACCAGCCAGUCAGGGAGGGAAAUGGCUCAUUCUAAGACUGGAUUUUCAUGGGCAACCCCCUUUCAUCCUUGCCUUGAGAACCCAGCACUGGACUUGUCAAGCUACCGAGCAAUCUCUUCUCUUGACCUCCUUGGAGAUUUCAAGCACUCUUCAAAAAAAACAGAGGAAACUUCAGUUUAUGAGGAGGGAAGCCCCGUGGCCUCCAUGUCCCACCCACUGCGUAGCCGUGCCUUCUCAGAGAGCCACAUCAGCUUGGAGCCCCAGAGCUCCCAAACCUGGGCACAGCAAAGGAGGGACCUCUUUACCAAAGUUGAUGAAACACAGCUAGAGCCUCUGGGAACCAAGAAGAAGGCCUUUCCUCCUCCUCGUCCUCCUCCUCCCAACUGGGAGAAGUACAGGCUCUUCCGUGCAGCCCAGCAGCAGCAGCAGCAGCAACAGAAGCAGCAACAGCAGCAGCAAGAGGAGGAGGAAGAGGAGGAGGAGGAGGAGGAGGAAGGACAAGAGGAGGAGAGAGUAGAGGAGGAAGAGGGAAGAGAGGAGGAGGAGCUGCCACCCCAGUAUUUCAGUUCAGAAACCAUUGGUUCCUGUGCUCUCAACACUGAGAGAGUCCUAGAGCAGCCACAGCCUCUGGGCUUUGGUCAUCUGGAGGUCUCAAGGCAGAGCACACAAAACCUCCCAGAAGAGCAAGAGCCUUUUGCUCUCCAUUCCAGUGAUUUCCUGCCUCCAAUAAGGGGCCACUUGGGAUCUCAACCUGAGAAGGCUCAGCCACCUUGCUAUUAUGGCAUUGGUGGGCUUUGGAGGAUGUCAGAGCAGGAGACCACUGAUCCCUCCAAACCAGAAGCUUUGAUGGCAGAAGACUCCAAACCCAAGACAGCAUGGAGCCAGAGCUACUUCUUUCCUGAAGAGCAGUUCUCUUUGAUGGGCUGGGGCUCCAAGAAGCAGCACCUCAGCCCCAUGGGCUUCAGUGAACCCAAGACAACAGGGCAAGAAUUUCAGCACUUCUCACCUCCUCAUGGAGGCCCAGGGAUCCCUACCUCUUACUCAGCUUAUUACAAUAUUUCUGUGGCCAAGGCAGAGCUGUUGAACAAGUUGAAAGACCAACCUGAGAUGGCAGAGAUUGGCCUAGGAGAGGAGGAAGUGGACCAUGAACUGGCUCAAAAAAAGAUACAGCUUAUUGAAAGCAUUGGCAGAAAACUUUCUGUCCUGCAGGAGGCCCAGCGAGGAUUGCUAGAGGAUAUCAAUGCCAAUUCUGCCCUUGGGGAAGAGGUGGAGGCUAACCUAAAAGCUGUCUGCAAGUCUAAUGAGUUUGAAAAAUACCGUUUGUUUAUUGGGGACCUGGACAAAGUGGUCAACCUGUUGCUAUCACUCUCUGGACGACUGGCAAGGGUAGAAAAUGCUCUCAACAGCAUUGAUUCAGAGGCUGACCAGGAGAAGUUGGUGCUGAUAGAGAAGAAGCAGCAGCUGACAGGGCAGUUGGUAGAUGCCAAGGAGCUGAAAGAGCAUGUGGACCGACGGGAGAAGUUGGUGUUUGGCAUGGUCUCCCGCUACCUGCCUCAGGACCAGCUCCAAGAUUACCAGCACUUUGUGAAGAUGAAAUCUGCUCUUAUCAUUGAACAGCGAGAGCUGGAAGAGAAAAUCAAGCUUGGGGAAGAGCAGCUCAAAUGUCUCAGGGAAAGCCUACUCCUGGGGCCCAGCAAUUUCUAAUUCCAGCAGCAGCAGACUGCCCACACUAUCCCUGCCCAGCCACAAUGGGAAAUGCUUUCAAUCUUUGUUAGCAGUUUGUUAGCAAAUAGAUAGCAGUUAGUUAGCAGUUUGUUCCAUAUCCUCUAUCCUGAAUGUCUCUCACUGCCCCUUACCUAGCAGUACACCCAACCAGCUAAGAGACUAGGGAGGACCUAAGCUUCUACCCUACAGUGUGGAAGUGAGAAGUAGAAGCUGUAGCAGAGUGUGCUUAUACGGCCACACUCUCUUCCCCACAGCAAGCACUCACCACACAUAGAACCAACAAAGUGCCUUCAUUCUUCUUUGCACUAGGGCAUCAGAGACAUCAUGUACUCAUCACCCACCCACGCCAUAAUCAGCUUCUGAACGCUCAGAAAGAAACUGCGUAUGUGGCUCCACUCUGCCCCAACACUCAUGGCCCAGCCAUUUCCCACAGAGAUCUGACUAUCUUGAGGGCAUUCACCUACUGGAAUUUCAAGGCCUCACUCAAGAUUUUCAGUGUGAAAUAGAGGAGAAAUUACACUUAACAGAACAUGAGCAAAGGUUUGGGAUCCCCAGAUGCCCUUCUCGGUGGAGCUAGGCUUAAUGAAAUUGGCUCCAUCCCCACCUUCCCCAACAUCUACAGGAGGGGGAAGAGGCCUUCUCUUAGCCCUAGCUAGUGUGGCCUCCUUUUGUCCUAAGACUUUGGGUCUACCACUUCCUGUUUCAUCUUGUCUUUUAUAGUUAGGGGUUACACACAUGCCUACCCUAAGGGCUUCACACUAUGGGCCAUGAAAUAGCUCUGCUAAAGCUCACAUCUGCAUGUAAGUUUCCUUAUUGGGGGGAAAUAGUUCUUAAUUGUUAUAUUUUAAAUGGCCUUUUGAUUUUAUUUAUUUUUAUGUUUUAUUGUU